AUGGCGCAGGAGGGGACGGGGCUACCGCCGCCCGCGGGCGCGGAGCCGGGGAGCCGGAGCCAGGCGGGGGCAGCCGGCGGCAGCGCCGGGCGGGCGGAGCCGGAGCGCGCUGCGGGGCUGGCCGGGGAGAGCUGCCCGGAGCACGGGCUGGAGCUGGGCUGGUUCUGCGCCGCUCACCGCCGGCUGGUCUGCGCCCAGUGCGCCAGGCUGGGCGGCUGCCGCGGCCACCGCGUGACGGCGCUGGAGGAGAAGGCUGCGGACCUGCGGAAUAAAAUUGUGGAUCAGUGUGAGAAGCUCCAGCUGCAGAGUGCUGCGAUCACCAAAUACAUGGCCGAGGUGCUGCCAGGGAAGAACCAAAGUGCUCUGAGCGCGGCCAGCUGGGCCCGGGAAGUGGUGAUCCAGAGACUGAUCUUUGUGAGAAAUGUGUGUGAGAACGAAGAGCAGCGACUGCUGGAGAAGGUGCACGCGGAGGAGGAGAGGACUCACCAGAGCAUCCUGACCCAGCGAGCUCACUGGACCGAGUCCCUGCAGAAACUGGCUGCCCUCCGCACCUACCUAGUGGACAUGAUCACCAACCUGGAUGACCACGGCCUGGUGCACGCGGAGCAGGAGAUCUUCGAGAGGUCCCGCUGCUCAGCCUGUACUGAUUGUUUGGCUUCCCUGGCAGGUUUGGAAGAGGUUCACGUAGAUGAGAAAACUGUCAGCCCCCUGCUGGCCCUGUCUGAAGACAAGAAAACCUUGGCAUUCAGCCCCAAGAAGACAAAGCCCUAUCCAGACUGCCCCGAGCGCUUCGAUCACUGGCCCAACGCCUUGGGCAAUAAGGCCUUCCACAAAGGGACCCACGCCUGGAGGAUCAGCGUGGACAAAAGCUGCGCGUACAAAUUGGGCAUUUCUUAUGGCUCCUUGCAGCGCAAAGGGCCUGGCAACGCAGCCCGGCUGGGCUACAACCCCUUCUCCUGGGUGUUCUCUCGCUAUGAUAAGGAGUUCCGCUUCUCGCACAACAGCCAUCAUCAGGCGGUGGAGCUAGUCAAGUGCCCCGCGCAAGUGGGUGUCCUGGUCGACUUGGAUGGGGGGGAAGUGCUGUUCUACGACCCUACUGCCUGUGUCAUCCUCCACUCACACCGUGAAGCCUUUACUGCACCCAUCUACCCCGUGUUUGCCGUGGCUGACCAGAGCAUCUCCCUCGUUCAGUGAACGAGGCCUGGCACAGGGGCAGCAGCUCACCCGCCAGCUGUGUGCGGAAAAGGGGGAGCUUUCUGCAGAGACGCACAAUUUGGCACGCCACCUGCUGCAUCGUCAGUCACUCCAAGCAGCCAGGAUGGGGCUGGCAGCCUGAAUGCACUGACACCUUAUGUCCAGGGUGCCAGGGGGACCACACUGAGAUUGCUCAAUCAGGGCAAACUGCAACGAAUGGGGCAGACGAUCCCCCAAACUGGAGGUUAUUUCUAAUAAUUAGAUUCACCAAUCCAGCAACAAAACAGCUUCUAUAACAUCGUCCUGGUUACUCAGAAGCCACAAACACAUCCAGCCCUGGGC